AUGCGUCCCAUCAAAGCUCGUGAACAACUCACUAUACCAGAUGACGUUAAAGUCAGUGUAAAAAGUCGUGUUGUUCAAGUAGAAGGCAAACGAGGCAAACUUGUACGAAGUUUUCGUCAUGCUCGUGUUGAUAUAUCAAUGCCAAAAAAGAAUUUACUUGUUGUUGAAAAAUGGUUCGGUACAAAUAAGGAAAAUGCUGUUGUGCGUACUAUUUGUUCUCAUAUUAACAAUAUGAUGAAAGGUGUUACAAAGGGUUAUUGUUACAAGAUGCGUUCAGUAUACGCUCACUUUCCAAUCAAUACUGUUGUUACCGACAAUGGUCAAGCAGUUGAAAUUCGUAACUUUUUAGGUGAAAAAUUUGUUCGUCGUGUUAAAAUGCAACCAGGUGUUAAAGUAUCUGCUAGUACAAAACAAAAAGAUGAACUUAUUUUAGAAGGCAAUGACCUUGAACUUGUAUCACGAUCAGCUGCACUUAUUCAAAUGUCAACAGCAGUUAAAAAUAAAGAUAUUCGUAAAUUUCUUGAUGACAAACAACAUGUUAUUGAUGUAAAAAAAGAAUCCAUUGCGAUGAACGAUCCUUCUCCUGAUCUAAUAAAAGAUGCAAAUAUUCAUUAUCAGUUAAAUGAAAGUCAUCUUUCUUAUAAAGAACUUUUUCGUCAUCUUGAUAAAAAUCAAGACGGGCGAAUUGAAGUUGAUGAACUAAUUAAAUUAUUAGAACAAGUUGGUGUUGAAACUUCAGCAAAAAACCGUUGGGCUAUUGCACGUCGGAUUAUUGAUCAGGCUGGUGGAUCACCAACAGCAUCUUCUCUUUCAUUUAAACAAUUUGCUAAUUAUGUUUUAAAACAAGAAAAAAAACUUUGUCUCGUUUUCAGAAAAUUAGAUGCCAGUCAUCAGGGAAGAUUUGAUGCAAAAGAUUUAGUUUUUUAUUUUCAAAAACUUGGUAUUAAUCUUGAUUUAGAAGAAGCAAGUAGAUUAGUCGGAAAAAUGGAUCAAAACAAUUCUUUAGAAAUUUCUUAUGACGAAUGGCGUUCUUUUUUCAUGGUUAACCCUGCAAUACUUGAAAGUAUUACUGGCGAUCCAAAUGAAAUGCUGAGAUAUUGGCGUGGAGCAACGCAUCUUGACUUGGGUGAAUCAUCAUAUGCUGCACCGGAAGAUGAAGAAACCGAGAAUAAACAUUGGUGGAAACAUCUUGUAUCCGGUGGCUGUGCUGGUGCUGUAUCACGAACAGCUACUGCUCCAUUUGAUCGACUGAAAAUCAUCAUGCAGUAUUUGGGUUCAAGACAACGCAUGUCUGUGAUAAAUAGUUAUCGAUAUUUAAUCAAUGAAGGUGGUUUUAGAAGUUUAUGGCGCGGCAAUGGAAUGAAUGUUCUCAAAAUUAUACCUGAAACAGCACUUCGAUUUGCAUUUUUCGAAGAAACAAAAAAAGUUGUAAAAAGAUUUCAAAAUAAAGAUCUAACAACAGAAACAACAAUUUUGGAAAGAUUUAUAUCAGGAGCUUUUGCUGGCGCUCUUUCUCAAACUGCUGUUUAUCCAUUAGAUGUCUUAAAAGUAAGACUAUGUCUAAGGCGAACAGGUGAAUUUUCCAAUUGGGCAGAUGCUAUUCAACGCAUUUACAGAUUCGAAGGUUCAAAAGCUUUUUGGCGUGGUUAUGUUCUCAAUCAAAUUGGUAUAGUGCCUUAUGCUGGCUUUGAUUUAGCAUGUUAUGAAAGUCUUAAACGUCUCUAUGUAACUAAACAUGAUAAUUGUGAACCGCCGAUAUAUAUAGUUCUUAGUUGUGGUGCUAUCUCAUCAUUUACUGGUCAAAUGGUAACUUAUCCCAUAUCUCUAUUAAGAAUACGUCGUCAAGGACAAAUUGUUCCAUUACCACAUAUGGAUCAAAGUAAAGCCCAUCCAUUAUUACCUGUUCCAACAGUGAUAAAAGAAAUUUGGCAUAAUGAAGGACUUGUUGGUUUCUAUCGUGGUUUAAUACCUAAUCUAUUAAAAGUAGUUCCAGCUGUUUCCAUAUCAUAUUCAGUUUAUGAAACAGUUUUAAAAACUCUUUCAAAUGAAAAACAGUAA